CCUGGAAUAUGCGGAAAGAGUCUCGAGGAUCUUGUUAGGGAUUUAUACACAGCAGCGGAGAGCCUACCUUUCACUCAAGAUAACAGUGUUCUUGUGUUAAUAAAACACUUUAAAUUGAAGACACAACAUGUCUUCGGAAGAAUUUGAAAAGUUACAGGAGAUAUACAAAUCCCUCUACGAUGAGAUGAAACUGAUGCCAGAGAGAGUCCUGAAAAGCAGCGGAGAGGAGAAGAAGCGGUUGGUGCGAAGAUUUGAUGAAAGGUUUGGAGAGGCUGAGGAAGUGCUUCAAGGAAUGGAGCAAGAGUUGGCGGGGGCUCCCUCGACCUACCGCAACGCCAUGACCACCAAGUUACGGCUGUACCGCCGGGACCUGGGGAAGCUGCAGCGCGAGAUGAAGACCCCGGAGUCUGGCUUUGGCGUCCCCGCCCGACCAAAGGAUGGCGGAUACGGCGUCUACUCCUCUCAGAACGAGCACAGCACGCACCUGCAGUCACAGCGGACGUUGUUGCUCCAGGGGACAGAGUAUCUUAACAACGCCACGCAGAGUAUCGAGCGCAGCCAGCGCAUUGCCGCGGAGACGGACCAGAUCGGCACGGACAUCAUCGAGGAGCUGGGCGAGCAGAGAGAGCAGCUGGAUCGCACCAGAGACAGGCUGGUGCACACUGGAGAAAACCUGAGCCGCAGCCGCAAAAUCCUACGGGCCAUGUCUCGACGGCUGAUGACCAACAAGCUCCUGCUCUCCGUCAUCAUCCUCAUGGAGCUGGCCAUCCUGGGAGCUGUGGUCUACCUGAAGUUCUUCAGAAAGUAGUGCAGGGUCAAGUCAGAAGGCUCCCGCUCUGCCUCUCAUCUCCAUGUCCUCAUCUCGUCCUCACAGGACCUCCUCAAAGACUAGAGGGUUCAUCUCUAAGGGGGUUUAUCCUUGCACGUACACUUCAUCGUCUCCCUUAAUAUUUCCCUGAACCAAACUCCACUUAGGUCUUACGUUCUACCUGCCGUUCAUGAGGACUCAACAUUUUCAUGUCAAGGGAGACCAACAAGAGUAUAAGAAGAGGGAUCAUCUGGGUUCCAAACUCAGGUCUCAACAUCCAGAUUCCUAACUGGGUUCUCAACAUCUGGGUUCCAAGCUGGGUUCUCUCAAGUUGAGCUCAUCCUGUUUCCUAGCCAAUGAGAUCCUGACCCACAACGCCCAACCCAAAGCCCUGGAGAAGGAGAUACCUGCUUGGUUUUGCACUGUGACUGUGAACUGACUCAAGUUGCCAAACCCCUUCCUGUCACAUGCCCUGUGAGGAUGACUGAGGGUGUUCAGAGACCACAGGAAGUGACACAGCAGAAUUUGUGUGUCCCAGAUCCGAGUACUGGUCCUUACCUGUAAGUCCACGAUUCUUUCACCAGAAAACAGAGGGGGGGGGGUGCCGGACAGGGCUGAUCAUCGCUAUGGGUGUGUGAAAUUAUGAGUUCUGAAUUCCAAACACACCAAUGUGAGUAAUGAUGAACUCUGAAUUCCAAACACACUCAUAGUGGCGGUAAAAAUGAAUGUGUUGCUCCCUUUGACAAACAUGCUGGGCCUGUUUCUGAAGAGCCUGUGACGUAAAGGAAAAAAAGACGGUGAAAUAAAUAUAGGAUUUUCUUUUAAUUGAAUGUUGUGGUUGUUACCUCCUCCAUCACAUCCGUCCUCCAUGCCCAGUCUUCAAGGUUAGGGGGAUGGUGAGAGCUGUAACUCCUAACUACUGUAGCAGCACUGGGACCUGAAUACUGCCAGUCUGCCACCACUGAGAGGUACAGCUUGUUCAGGAAACUGAUACUGGGAAUGGUUACAAACGCAUUAUUUGCAAUAGUAAGUGAAUGUCUUUUUAUGAAUGCUGUCCCUUAUCAUAUGUCACACCAUAUCAUAUAUGAUUUCGAAAACAUGGACAAAGUUGUGAUUGAUAAAAAUGUGUUUCUAUUUUCAUAACGCUGUGAAUUUCUGUAUUAAAGCGAAGUCGUAACAUGA